CCUUCCUGGCGCCAGAGAGCAGAAAGAGAAGCAAGAGGCCUCCAUCCGCCAGCCCUCCUCCCACCACACCACACAUCCCUUACGGCUACAAACACAGUCAGUCCCUCGCUUUCCCUUUCCACGAUGCAGACAGUCAGUAUCGCCCUUGCAAUGGUCGCAUCCGUUGCCGCCCAGAAGUACUCGAGUGUCCAGACCGGGGCCCAGGUCGCCUUCGCCGGAGACGAUUUCGGUACUUUUGGCGCUUCCGUCUUGACGGCCCUCCCUGCAGCCAACAACGAUGAAGGAGGCAAGUGGUACCUCAAUUACUACAACUUUGGCCGAUCCUUCCAAGACACCAGGCAGAUCUUGGCGUACUACCCAUCUGCGCAGUUGUCUGGUGGUAACACCUGUGUCGGUAUCAUUCAGGGUAUCGCGGGUGGUAACAAGGGUGACACGCCCAACGGCGAGAAUGGCGGUUGUGAUGCCAUCUGGGGUAACGGAUGUAGCUACCACAUCCUCCAGGCCAUCCAGGCAGGUUGCAACGGCACCAUGUUCUCAGGCCUCCCUGAGAUCUGUGGCACCCUCAACGUUGAAGUGAAACAAGUCAACCAAGCUUCCUUCACCCCUGCCAACCCAGCAGUCUGGCUUACUUGGGAUUACUCCACCGCCAACUCCAACAGCUCGUUGGUUCGUGAAGCGCGUGAGUUGACCUACCCUGUCUUUGCACGGACAGAGGAUGGUAAGGCCAACUUGGCUUGUUUGCGUGUUGCUGGCGCUGGCUCCACCAUUCGGGCUUCUUUCUUGUCGGUCGCCGCUGUGGCCUCUGCUGCUGCAUACAUGUUGCUUUAAGCAAUAGUUGGGUGACUUUUGUCAAGAUUCAAGUCAUGCCGACACAGUCGCACACACACGAGGCUCAUGGGAGAUGAUUGAGUACGGGGAGGGCAGUAGACGCACGCAGGGAACGUCCCUGCUUAUUAGUAGAUGCAGUAAUAAUAGCUACAAGCUUUAUCUCAAGUCUGUUUUCUGUCUCAAGCACGCCAUGUCUGUCGUGUUGAGCUUCACCUUCUACGCUGUAGACUCCACUUUGUUUGCUGAUAUGAUAUCAGAUGGCAUUGGGUGGCAACUUUAAUCGUUGACUCCGAGUGGUACGUGUAUACCAGAAGCAAAAGACGGACUGCCACUGGCGGUUGAGAACUGAAUCUCUUUGCGCAUUGACCGUGCCAAUGGCAUUUCGACAUUGGCCCCAACAUA